GUGCAAUCUCUGAUGGCACUCAAUGCCAUGGAGGAUUCUCUUGGCCUUGCCUGCGAGCGCGCGUGACGUUUGGGUCAGCUGGGAGGGGAUCCGGGCACUCACCCCGGACCCAUGGCUGGAGAGCACCUGCCGCCUGGUGGGGGAGCACUGGCCCAAGAUCACCAUGACCUCGGAGGACCGCAUGAGGACCAGCAUUCAGCUGUUGACUUGGGCCAGCCACGCGCAAAUCCGUGGGGACAUUGCAGAAGCCGGUGUUUGGAGAGGUGGCCACUCUCUCCUCCUGAAGUUCGCGACGGAACACCUCCAAAUCCGCACGCGUCAGAUCCGGCGGGUCUGGCUGCUGGACAGCUUCCAGGGCUUCGGGCAGAACAACUCGGGGGUGGACGCGGUCUUCAAUGGCGUGAACAACAGCGCGGAGGGCUGGCGCUCCGUGGCGAACCUCUUCCGGGACUUCACGGUGCUGGACAGCCGCGUGGUGCUGCUGCGGGGCUUCUACCAGGACACCCUGUGGCGCAUUCCACCCUUCUCCCGCUUCGUGCUGCUUCGGGUCGAUUGUGACAUGUACAACAGCGUAGUGCAGGUUCUUUGCUACCUCUAUGACCUCGUGACGGUAGGAGGCUUCGUGAUCAUCGACGACUGGGGCUCCUGGCCCCAGGCGCAGCUCGCGGUCCGGGAGUUCCUGGAGCUGAACGGCCUGGAUCAGCAAGUACGGGUCAACAUUCGCCAGAGCGGUGAGGACGCGUUGCGAGAGGCCCGAGGCAGAGAACCAGCGCGGCCCAUGCACAAGGUGCCCAUGCAGGAGGACGUCGGUGAUGUUUGGUGGCAGAAGACCUCGGAGAGCCAAGUGGCGACAGGGGACUUCUGCUUGCAGAGGGCCUCUGUGCAGGCUCGUGCCAGCAACGUCUUCUGCACCAGCGAUUGCCUGCCGGCCUGUUGCCUGUGACUGGAAAUCCGCGUCUGAGCCUGGGUACCUUACGG